AUGACUUCCAGCAUGACAUCUCACGCUACCAUUGGAAACUCUACCUUCGCUGAGCCUCGGUCUGCUGAGAGCACCAUGUCUUCUAUUGAUGGUCCAUCUGACUUCACCGAGAAUGUGUUCGAGUACAUGAAGAGCAACAAACAAACAACCGCCAAAAAGCCACGUCUUGUCAAACCGAAGGUCAAACCAAAACCUAAACGUCAAUUCAAGCAGGAGGAGUCUGGCAUUAUCAUUGGGAGUCCAUCUGAAUUCAGUGAUGAUUUCACCGACUACACGAUCAACAAACGAGCCGUAUCAUCUCCUGCAAAAAGCGAGAACAGUGAUCUGGAUGGUCCGUCUGACUUCACCGCGAAUAUCGUUGAUUACAUGAAAGGCAACAAGCCAUACUCUCCAACAGCGAGGGAUUCGCCUGGCUUUGUCGGUACCAGAGCAGCAAUGUCUUCUUCACCGGUACACAAGAAAUCUAUUGACAACAAAACCGUGUCAUCUCCUGCUAGAAGCGAAAACCCUAAUUUGGAUGGUCCUUCUGACUUCACGGCGAACAUCGUUGGUUACAUGAAGGGUGAUAAAGCAGAUUCUCCACCACCAAAGAAUUCACCAGGUAUCGUGGGUGCGGGAAAAGUCAAAGCUUCUCCACCAAUGCGUGAGGACGCAGGCUCCAAUGGCAGCAAACCCACCUCCCAGCCGAACUUCCCUCCAUCGAGCCAGCUUGCUGACACCGUCCCAAACUCUGCUCCGAAGAUGAACCAAAACCUUGUAAUCAAUGGCCCAUCCAACUUUACUGCCAGUCUUGCAGCAUUCAUCAACGAGUCAAGCGCAAGAUGUGCAUCUGUUCAUACCACAUCGUCGCCAAAAGUCACCAUUCGACCCAUGUCCUCUCCUGCCAGAGUCGAGAACUUCGAGGUCGAUGGCCGCGCUGAUUUCGCUCCCAAACUUGCCGACUACAUUGAUGAGAAGACGAAAGAGUCUGCAACUGUUCCUACCUCGCCCGUGAGCAAGAACAACACAAAUAUGACAAAACAGGCUACUUAUGUUGAGGAGAUACCAACCCUCAACAUGCCGUCGGCCAAAGCAAGGUCUUCGUCGAAGCACGAUAAUUCUGGAGUUAGAGAUCCAUCCACGUCUGCUCGCAAUCUUUCCAACUUUACGCAAAAGAAAAGCCAGCAACCUGUCGCUGCUGCCAGGUCGAUCAUCAACCAGAAGGAUAAUACAACCACAACCAAAAUGGCCACUCCAGCUGUGAAGACUACACCUCUGAGCAUGCCACCUACCAGAGCAAUGUCCUCAUCGAAGCAUGAUGAUUUCAAUAUCGAAGGCCCAACUGACUUCACGGAGAAUCUCGUCGACUCUCUCAAUGGCACAAGCACAAAACCAGCUUUGACUCGCAAGAGCGACAGCAAGAAGACCGACAAACACAGCCCUACUACGAAGACAGCAGCUAUUGGCAAACCGGCUCCUAGACCAGCUCACGUAGCGAAGAAAGAUGGUCUCGUAAUCGAAGGUCCAUCCGAUUUCACGGAAAACCUCGUUGACUACAUGAAAGGCACAAAGACAUACUCUCCGCACGCGAAGACGUCCUCUUCCGCAACCAUUGCUGUCGCUACCAACUCCACUGAGACAAUAGGCAAGGCUUCCAGUAGUGGACAAGAAGACGAACUACGCGCAGAAAUUGCUCGGCUUCAGGCUCUGCUGCUACAGAAGGACAAGACAAUCACUGGACUCCAGGACUCUCUUGCCGUCGCGGAGAACAAGUCUGCCGACCUGCAGUGUGAGUUGGAGCAAAAGUAUACAACAAUCGACAAGCUACAGACCUCGCUGAAACAAUGCAACCAACAGUGCCAGGGUUUGGGGUUUGAAUUACAUCAGAUGAAAAUGGAGGUUGAUGAACUUCAGGGGAAUCUGAAUGUAAGUACAAACUCUGGCCCAGAAGGCGGAAAGCAGGACGCUGAUGGUCAUGCAAAGGACGUCAUCAUCAACACUGUCCAACCCAAAGACCAAGUCAUCAACCGCCUACAUCACAACAAUGAGAACCAAUUGGGCCAGAUUGCCGACCUCCGGUCAGAGAUUGCCGACAAAGACCUACUACUCAUCGAGACUGUUGAGGUAGUCCAUAAACCACAAUCUGAGACGGACUGUGAACUUCUGAAGGACGCCUUAAGCGAACACGCCAAUGCCCUCAAUACCCAGCACUACAUAUCUGACAACCUUGCUGCCGAGAAGAAGGAAUUGGAGGGCACCGUCGCGUCGCUCCAGAAACGUCAAGCAGAGAUGGAGGAGAAACAGGAGAAAAGGGAAGAGGAGUGGCAAGCAAGAGUAGAACUCUUGCUGCAGGAAGUGGAGAGGCGGGGGGCCGCCUGCAUGGAACUGUGGGGGCAGUUGGAGCAUCCCGGGGAGAGGGAUGAGAAGGGGAGACAAAAGUAUACGUAUAAGUAUACCAGAAAAGGCACCAAGCGUGCUUAG